AUGGGUGGCCUGAAUUACUUUGGUUUGAAUGUGCGGGUGGAGGUGCUGGACCGCAACGACAGCCCGCCGUCGCUGUCGCCGUCGUCGCCGCGCGAGCUGUCCGUGUCGGAGGAGCUGCCGGCGGGCCCCGCGCCGCUCGCCGUCCUCGCCGCCACCGACCCCGACCUGGAGGGCGAGCUGCGCUUCUCGCUGCUGGCGCCGCCCGGCGCUCCGGCCGCCGCCGACCGCUUCGCGCUGGACGCGCGCUCCGGCGCCCUCACUCUGCGCGCGCCGCUGGACCGCGAGGCCGCCGACGAGUACGUGCUGGUGGUGCGCCUCUCCGACGGCGUCCAGCACUCCGACACCGCCAUCACCGUGCGCGUGACGGACACGAACGACAACCCGCCCGUCUUCCCCGAGGCGGCCUACUCCUUCGACAUGCCGGAGAACGCUGCGCGGGGCGCGCGCGUCGGCGAGGUGUGCGCCAGAGACCUCGACCAGGGCGUCAACGGCCACAUCAGCUACAGCGUCGUCUCCGACUGGGCCAACGACGUCUUCUCGCUGCACCCGCAGACCGGCGUCUUCACGCUCACCGCCAGGCUCGACUACGAGGAGGUGGCGCACUACAUCUUCGUGGUGCAGGCGCAGGACUCGGGGCGGCCACCGCUCAGCUCUACAGUGAGCGUCUACUUCAACGUACUCGACCUCAACGACAACGCACCGCUGUUCGACCCGAUGAGCUACAGCAACGAGGUCUUCGAGAACAUCACCGUCGGCUCGCCUGUGCUCACUGUCAGCGCCACUGACCUCGACUCUGGCGAGAACGGCCACAUCGAGUACAGCAUCAGCGCGGGCGACGCGGCCGGCGACUUCGCCAUCACGGCCAACGGCUCGCUGGUGACGGCGCGCGCGCUGGACCGCGAGGCGCGGCCGCUCUACAACCUGCUGGUGACGGCGCGCGACCGCGGCCGGCCGCCGCUCUCCUCCACCGUGCAGGUGACGGUGGUGCUCAAGGACGUGAACGACGCGGCGCCCGAGUUCAUCUCGCCGGGCGAGGUGUCGGUGGCGGAGAACACGCCGGCGGGCACGGUCGUGCUGGCCGUGAAGGCGGUCGACCGCGACGAGGGCCGCAACGGCUACGUCGAGUACUCGCUGGUGCGGGUGACGGGCCGGCUGGACCGCGAGACGCGCUCCCUCUACGAGCUGUGGGUGGAGUACAGCGCCUCCGUCGCCGAGAACGCCUCCAUCGGCGCCAGCGUGCUCCAGCGUGACGGGGGAGGAGGCAGGAGGAAACAUCAGGGGGCCUCCAGAGCUGUGGACGAACCGCUCGCUCGAGCAGAGUGGGUCGCCCGCCUCGGCUUCCAGCUCCAGCUCCAGCUCCAGGGCCGCGGUGCGGCGCUGCAGCGCGUCUCGCCGUCAGGCUGGCGCAACGUGAGGGCCCCCCGGCCGCUGCCGGUCUCAGAGAGCUCCUCCAGCGUGCAGACGGGGUCGACGGCUCACGAGUUCCACCACCAUCUCUACAGCCUGGUGGGGCUACUGCGCAGUCGCUUCCUGCCGGUUAUCUUCUUCCUCAUUGUCGUCGUCGUCGUUGUUGUUUCUGUUGUUGUUGUUGUCGUUGUUGUUGUUGUGACGUGA